UUGCAAAAAAUCGAAGGCCUCAUGAAUUCUUCAAUUUAACGGCCACACACUGACCCACGUCAUUGGCGUCGCAGCCAUGUCCCUCCUCCCGCCACCGUCGCUCUUCCGUUCCAAAUCCGCCGCCCAGAAUCUGCUAACUGUUCAUGCCAACGGCUCCUUUUACCGCUCCAAAGCUUCAUGGCAAGAGGUUGCCGGGGUUUUGAUUUUCUCGGCAAUUCCAUUCACGGCGGUGAAAGCUAUUGCCAAUAGUCCUCUUGGGGAGGCGCUACAGAGGCGAAUGGAGGAGAAGAAGCAGUUUUAUCAGGAAAAUUCUUCUAAGUUUAAGGCACUUGCAGACAAGGCCAGAAUGGAUAGCAUGUGGUAUGGAGAAGACCGCCCUCGCUGGCUUGGUCCAAUCUCGUAUGAAUAUCCUACCUAUCUCACAGGCGAACUACCUGGGGACUAUGGUUUUGAUGUUGCAGGUCUGAGCAAGGAUCCCAGAGCCUUGCAAAAGCUUUUCAAUUUUGAAGUACUGCAUGCCAGGUGGGCUAUGCUUGCUGCCCUUGGUGCUUUAAUUCCAGAAUUAUUAGACCUAACGGGAACCUUCCACUUUGUGGAACCUGUUUGGUGGCGAGUGGGCUACUCAAAGCUCAAGGGUGAUACAUUGGACUACCUUGGCGUCCCUGGUCUCCAUGUGGCUGGAAGUCAAGGAGUGGUUAUCAUAGCCAUCUGCCAAGCCCUUCUAAUGGUUGGUCCAGAAUAUGCAAGAUAUUGUGGUAUUGAGGCUCUGGAGCCUUUGGGAAUUUAUUUGCCUGGUGACAUCAAUUAUCCUGGAGGCGUGCUUUUUGAUCCCUUAAAUCUGUCUAAAGACCCUUUGGCUUUCGAGGAACUGAAGGUGAAAGAGAUAAAAAAUGGGCGCCUAGCCAUGGUUGCAUGGUUAGGCUUCUAUAUUCAAGCUGCUUUCACAGGUAAAGGCCCUCUACAGAACCUUCUUGAACACAUCGCAGAUCCCCUCCACAAUAACGUUUUUUCACUUCUAAAAUCUCUUUAAGAUUUGUACUUUAAUUGGACAAUUUGUUUGAAAUUGAUUGUCAUAUAUAUGUAUAUAUAGACAUACAUACCACCCUGUAUCAUAAUAUGUUUAAUCCAGGAUCUAC